CUCAACUCGGAGAUGAUUCGCCGGCCCGCGCCUCCCCUUCCGACGCCGCCGCCGUCGCCGCCGUCACUGCCGCCGCCGACGCCGCCGCCGUCGCGACCACCGUCGCCGCCGCCGCCACCGUCGCCGCCGCCGCCGCCGUCGCCGCCACCUUCGCCACCUCCGCCGCCGUCGCCGUCGCCGCCGCCGCCGCCGCCACCUCUGUCACCGUCGCCGUCGCCGCCGCCGCCGCCGCCACCUCCGCCGCCGUCGCCGUCGCCGCCGACGCCGUCCCCGCCGCCGCUUCCACCGCCGCCGUCGCGUCCGCCGAGUCCGCCUCCCAACCGCUGCCUCGAGGCGCAGCUCCUGCAGGCGCCCGCCGCCGACUUUGGGCCGUGCUCGCACCUGCGUCUCGCGGAGCUGCGGCGGCAGUCGCUCCGGGGUGCGUCCUUUGACGGCGUGGACAUGCGCGGCGCGCUCCUGGACGGCGCCGAUCUGCGCGGGGCGAGCAUGCGCAGCGCAGUGAUGGCGGGCGCGUCUGCCAGGGGCGCGCGGCUAGAAGGCGCCGUCAUGGUGAGCUCGAGCCUCUCGCACGCCAACUUCUCGCGCGCCAGCCUGCGCGGGGCCGACCUGACGAUGGCGGCGGGCGAAGGCGCGAGCUUCGAGGCCGCGGACCUCUCCGACGCCUCCCUGCUCGUGGCGACGCUGCGCCGCGGGCUGUGGGCGGGCGCGGACUUGCAGCGCGCCAAGCUCGCGCACGCGGACCUGUCGCACGGCGACUUCCGGUCCGCCGACUUCCGCGGCGCCGUCCUUACCGAUGCGUCCUUCCGUUCGGCCAAUGUGGAGGCGGCCGACUUUCGAGGCGCCAUCGACACGCACCGGGCGCACUGGGAGGGGGCGGUCGGCAGUCCGAUCGGCAUCGAGCUCGACAUGUUCCUGCACGUCGGGCUCUGA